AUGGAAGCAGCAGCAACUCCUACCACCUUCACUUCUCUCAGUGAUGAAUCUACUCUGGAGUACGUGCAGAAGGAGGUACCAUUAGAAAGUCAGACUCCUGAUUUGAAUGAGAAUGAUGCGGUUGUUGAAUCCAUGAUAACAAAAACAGUACUUCCCAAGUACGUGAUCAUCCAAUCAAACCAAAACAAUACAUACUUGCACCUGGAGAAUGACAAUCCAUUUGUGACUAAUGCGCUCCGGUAUGCUGGAGAGUACAGUUUCGAUCUGGACACCAGAUUUGAGGUGGUUCCAGCGACCACUGGAAAUGGACAGAUCCAUGUCCGGUCUAUGAAGAACAACAAGUACUGGGCAAAUUUCGGUACGUCUUACAAUUGGAUCACUGCCAUGGCCGACAAACCUGAGGAGAAUCAAUCCGACAAAAAUUGCACGCUGUUCGAGCUUCUUUCCAAAAGCCAAAGCAAGCUUAUGAUCCGCCAUGUCAACACCAGCAAAUAUGUAAGGUUUUAUAUGAAUAGUGGCCAACCUUCUGACGGCUUGUUGAAUUUAUCAUCAGAUCGCUACGAUGAAGACGUGUGCACCUUCAUUGACUGGGAAUCUGUCGUUAUGUUGCCUGAGCUUAUCAGGAUCAAAGGCGUAAACAGCGGAAACCAUCUUAAGGCCUUCGCGGACGGAUUUAUGGACUUCAGUAGACAAGCCGAUAAUUCCUCAUUGUUUGACUACGUGGUAUCGCCAAGUCGAGAUGGAGGCAUCUGUCUGAAGAGUGCUUACUUCGGCACCUAUUGGACGGAUGUGGAUGAUAGUACAUGGGUAUUGUUAAAGGGGGAUUCCCCCACAGUCCAUGACACAAACACCGUGUUUCUCCCCAUGAUAACUAGUGGAAACCGCAUCAUCAUAAAAAGUUUGAAGAGUGGGAAUUUUUGCAACAGACACUCAGCAGAUGGCAAGAACGACUGCCUCGCCACACUUAAUAACUAUCCCGAUGAUUGGAGCUACAUGGAUAUUGAGGAGCCUGUUUUCUCAAGGAAGAUCAAUAACGUCAGAUAUAACCUUACUGAUGCAAGGAUUUACGGUGAGAAAAGCAUUGCUCUUAUCAGUGACGAUUCAAGCAACAAAACAAAAAGUCCCUUAACGUCAGAAUUAAAUCUCAAGACUACAGUGACCAAUACAAAUAAUUGGAGUACAAGUGUGUCGUUGAAACUUGGUGUCAAGAUGACGUUAACCUUUGGUGUCCCGCUCAUAAAAUCCGGCAGUGGUGAGUUUGAGAUAUCAGGUGAGGAAACCAGAUCUUCCCAAUGGGGAGAAACGGAGACGGAGAGCAUUGAAGUGGGGUCUGUGAGAACUAUGACUUUGCAACCUAUGACUAGGUUGAAGACGAGUCUGUUGGCAACACGGGUUUCGUACGACAUACCAUUCUCGUACACUCAGCAUGACAUCUUAAUGAAUGGGAGUAAAAAAGUUACUGAAAAGAUCGAUGGCAUUUUUACUGGCCACAAUGGCUACAACUAUAGGUACGAGGUUGUCCAGCUUCCUCUCGAGUAA